AUUUGCGCAAGUUUAGUUUGUGUAUGAGAAUUCCACCUAAAAGCUAUAGGCCUUCGAACCGCAGGCAUGGCCGCCGCACUUGGAGUGAUUUUAUUUACCUACAUUAGCUUAGUCUUUCUAGUUACCCAUAGGAUAUGUAUGAUGCAGUGUAAUCCGAUGUCCAGACCUGGUAAGAGUCGUUAAAGUAAAAGAAAAGAGGCAGUGUUGUUGUUGGUUGCGCGCGAUUGUUCUCCCGGAUCGAUCGUGGCAACGGCUGGAUCGGAGAACUUUAUAACUCGUUUAUAUUUAGAGUCUGUGGUUUAAAACUCUAAUGUGUUAAACUUCAACAUUUGUAGGAGUAUACCAGGGAGAUAUGGGCGAUAUGCGGUUCUCUGGAAGCCACGUACAGGUAAACGUUUGCUGUCAAACUUCCUGAAAUGUGGGUUGCGUUAGGUUUUUAACUUAACUUGUUAUGUUUUGCAAUGCAAAUACAGAAGUUGGAACUGUGGCGUUAUAACUUUUGCUAGGUCUACUCACCGCCUUACUUUACUCAACCGGAAGCCAAGUCAACUCUUUGCUUGCAUCUUCACGUUAUUUGAGUUUGUUAAUUGUCGACAAACUACAGGUUACUCCAAGUUGUAUUUUAUGACGGUGCAUGUCUAUUUGAACACUGUCAAACUGUAGUUAUGCUUUCGUCUAAUAACCCGGAAUUAUUUUGUUAUCUUCCUAGGCCGAUGGCUCACAUCAUAACAGAAGGUACAGAAAAGUAGAAAAAUAUGUUUUAUAGUCAGCAAGAAAACAAAGGAACGAUAAAUUUCUACUAAUAGGGUGGAUAGGUCUAGGAACCAACACCCCCACUCUCGUGUUAAAACUGUCUAGUCGCCCACGUAACACGAGGCUUUCUUGCUGCAGUUGUUUUUAGGGUCAGUUUGCUUAUUGUUCAAGUGUUUAAGUAAGCAGUGAGUGUGUUUACUGGUUUCAUUAAAUCCCUAGUCUUUACUUAAUUCCUUUCUGGGAAACUUGUCUCUUGCCUCAAAUGACACGCUCUUGAUUCUACGUGACAAUAUUUUAUUACGGUCAUAUUAAAACCGUACGUUCGUAUAUUAACCGUGUCAUCGCCGUAUAAUUCUGCGCUUAGCUUCAAUUUAGUCCGUUUGAACCGCUAUAAUGUAAGUCUUAUUGUAAGAUACUGUAGACUUUUUCUGAUUUUGCUUGCGUGUUUCUCGAGAAAAGCGAAAUGUGAAUGGACUUUAGAUCGAUCUCUUUCUGUUUAAUAAUUUUUGGGUGACUAGUUUGUUAUUAAGCUUAUCAUGUGUUGUAUCUUCCGUUGGUCUGCUGUAGUAAUGUACUGGUAUUCUUUUAUUGUAUCUCUUAUUCCUAAUUUUAACGUUUAAUUUUACCAGCGUAAAUUUCAUAGAUGACAGUUUUAAAUCUUUUAAGGUGACAGGAAAUGUAAUGCUAAUCAACAGAAAUAGUGAUUGAUCAAUACUUUUUACAAUUUCGUGAAUUGACAGUGAAAUUCUCGUGCUAGUAUUUGACCCGAUCGAUCUGACUCUUGAACCUUUUAAAUAUUUUCUAAGGGAGUUUUGGUUUUUUAAUGUUUUCAUAGUUCAAACGAUGAUAAUCUAAACACUCCGGAUAGUAAGCAAUAAUAAUUAUUGCUACCUUAUUAUGGAAUCUUAUUAUGUUUUGACUGGAAAAGUUAUGUAUAUUUUUCGGUUUCUUCUUUUCAGAGGGCAGCCCAAUAUUAGACAUAUUCGGUUUGAGCCAUCAUAUUUAGAUUUCUACGAACAGUAAGUUGUAAAUUAAUGCAUUUUUUUCUCUUUAGGGUAUUGUAUUUAAAAACGCAGGUUGUACAAGAUUAUGUUGUACAACUUUUAAUUUGUCAUCUGAUCAGUUUUGGUCACUGGUAUAUCCUGUGAUAUCUUUUGGUUAUCACAUGUUUGGAGGACUAAAACAUUUAAUAAAAAUACUGUGAGAUAGAUUUAACAGUGCUUCUAGUAACGAUAUUACAAUUAUUAGACUUUGGACUUUGGAAGAGUUUCCAUGUUCAAGUGAGAAUAAAACUAAAGUGCAUUUUAAGUACUUUCAUUAAAUCAGUGAGUUCCAGUAACUAGUGAGUCAUUGUGUUAGGCUAGGGAUGAUUAACAAUAAAAAAACUCACUGACUUUAUAUAUUUAAGUAAUGCAAGAGUGAAAGUUGCACACAUUUGCAUAGCUGGUAGCUGUGAGCAGUAACGAUAAAUCUAAAAAAACCCGGCUACACUUGUUCACAUGAUGUACUUGAUGUAAACUUGAUGCAAAAUUCAGUGACCUGGAAAUGAGAGGCAGUUUAUUGUAAUAUCUUAUCCCUCUUAGUGGAUUGUGUUCUUUGUGUGCAUGCUCUGAUUGACAAAAAAAUAUUUGGACUUGCUUGGUAACAUAAUAUUGGCUCAUCACAUCUGGGCCUUGUUUUUUAAUUUAGAUUUUCACAUAAUUUGUCAGUAAAGAUUGGCAUGUGCCCAAAUAGUUAUAUCAAAUUUGUUGUGUGUGUAACUGGUGUGAAGGGAAUUGAUAAGCCUGAAUGCUCUUUUGGUUCUUUAUUUUCCUUCUUUGAAAGUAGCCAGGAAUCCCCCCCCCCCUGCUCCCUGCCCAUAAUGCAUCAGUCAUUUGAAACCCCGGCCCCCAACCCCAGGGGCAUAGCAGGAAAUAGCAGGGAUAUAACACGGCCAAGGCCAGGAUUAACACACUUUUAACAACAUGUCAGCCCUGGGGGCAUUGGAAUUAAUACCUGUUUUACUCAGGUCAUGAGCGGGGAUUUAAUGGCACAUACACAUUUUCAGAAGCGGGGACAGAAGCAGGGAGUUAACAGGGGCCUCCAGGGGCUUAUUUUCCGAGGGGGGAUUUAAUGGAGGGUUUUUUGCAUUAUGAGUUUGGGGUGCUUAUAUUUGGAGGGGCUUCUACAUGGAGGGGCUUAUUUUCGGAAAUUUAUGGUAUUUUCGGAGUUGGAAAACAAAUCCAGCUAGUAGUCAGGGCGGGACUUGACCCUUCUGAUUGCAAGUCCAGCACUCUGCUUGGCCAUGCUACCUCACAGAGAGGUACAUAAAUGUCUUCUAAUCAGUAUUUGUACAAAUUAUUCUUUAAGGUCUGUGGGUAUGCCAAGCAUACGAACAGUAGCUAUUAUAAACCCACAUACAGAGCAGACUCUACAGCUGCAAUCUCUAUCUGGGAGUACUGUACAUUUCCAUGCUUCCUUUUUUCAAUCAAAAGUAAGUGGUGAUGCUGAUACUAAGUUCUUGUACGUAGGACCAAAACAGCGAGUGAAAUGUGUGAGUGCAGAAAAUUUAUUCAGUGAUUGAAAGAAUGAGGCAUAUAACAAAAUAAUGCACUGAUUUUUACUGAAAUACAAUGGGCAUGAGGAUAUUUUCUGCAAUCCUGUACCUGUCCAGUGAAUUGGUAGAAAAAUGGCCUCUGAAAACAGCUGUUUCUCCUUGCUCUUUGCCGCUGGGGAGGUUCGCACGGAGGAACAUCUGCGACUCAGUGGCAGAAAUUCCAUACUGAUGACAGAAAUCAAUGUUUACAUAAUAAAUGCGGUAGUCAUGGGGUUCCCAUUGCAAAUUUGUUCAAUUUUACUUUUCUCCUGACGGAUUUUGGUAAAGUGUUGUGUUCAUCUGUGAACAAGCUCCAGCAAAAAUAAAUGCUUCUUCUAGAGAAGAUUAUAUAUCCUCAAAUUUUGACUGUUUUGUUAGAGAUUCAUCACAUUUCCAUUUGACCUUUGUAGACUUUUGUCUUUUGUCUGGCACUCAUAAACAAUAGGAAAACAAUGUAACUACUCUGUCAACCAAUCAGUGCUUAUGACCGGAUUCUGGACAGAUUGUAACGCCAUCAGUACAGAAUUUCUGUUGCUGAGUCGCAGAAGUUCCUCCCCGCAAAAAGUCCCCUGUUUUCGCAGGCUAGUAGAAGAGGUAACCAGGGAUGUUACUAAUUUUUUAAGUUGCCGGAUAGACACAACAAGUAGGCGGGGAAUCAAUGAGCUAGGGAUUUGCUUUGGUUCUAUUUUUCUUCUGUGUUCCUAUGAAAGUAGCCAGGGGCCACAUUCAUAGUAGCCAGGGGAAAUCCCCAGCCCCUGGCCCUUAAUUACAGCCCUGGGUAACUUGUUUGCUUUGUGGUCUGAUUUAAACAGCCUUUUUUUAAAUCAAACUACAGUCAGCUCUCUUUUAAUGGACACCUCACUAAGACAGACACUCAGAGUUGUUCCUGCCUUUCUGUAUUCCUUUAAGUCGACUCUCUAUGAGAUGGACUCAUUGUUCUUGUCCCAAAGGUGUCUGUCUUGAAGGGAGUUGACUGUAUUCAUACUUUGAAGCACGAUUGCCAUGAUGCUUCAGUGAUUUUGUUACCUCUGUGUCCUGCGUCCCUGAUGCAUAAAAAGCACCAAAGACGCAAAAUAAUUCAUUGCAUGCGUCCCGUGGGAUGCAAAGAUUGAUUGAUCUGAAGAUGUUUUUGUAGAAUAUCCUGUUCGUGUGAUUUCUGUGGCUGUUCUUGUGGCUGUUGUUUAAUGAGGUAUAUUUCUUUUAGUCUCUGUUGCGCUUUAUGGCAGGAGUUUUUUAUAUCAGUAAACUGUAAUACAGAGUUUUGAAGUCUGUCUUCAGAUUAAUUGUCUGCAUGGUUACAUAAAGGCCCCCGAAAAAUUCAGUUUAAGAGUCAUUGUUUCUUGAUCUGGGACUCACCAUAACUAUUUGUAACAAAAUCACUGAUGCUUUGCAAAAUACCUUCAGUUGAACUUGUGUUUUUUUGUCUACAGGUAGUUCAAGCAUUAGGAAAUACAACAUUUGAAAUUGUGUUUUUAGCAAGACUAGUUGGAAAUGUAGAAAAUACAUUAUUUAUUCACACAUCCAGAGGAGUUUAUCCUUAUCAGGUAGAUUAAAAAGUCCUGAAUAUUAAUAUACUGGUGAAAAUGGACGUAUUAAUUGUGGUGAAUGAUUUUAUUAUGAUCUGUAAUUCCUUUACUGCAAAGAAUUCCUUUCUUGACUUCCUGUUGUGCUAAAUCCCUGUUUUGCUAACAUUUUACCUCAGGGUCGAAUAAUAUUGUUGCUUUUUGCGCAAAAUGACUGUAUACUUACAUGCCCUUGUUUAUCCAUUAUACAGUUUCUCUAAAAUGACAAGUGUUAUUGUAGUUGUAGCGAACUUAUAAAAGCUUUGUAAGUACAAGUAGACAGGUUCCUACAGAGUCUGUUACUCAUCUUCAAAUCCCAUUUAAUCUAGCCAAUAGCCAAGACACAUAAUCACAGAGUGAGAAGUUUCAUAAUUCUGUUAUGUCCGCAUUGCAUGGUUACUGUACGUUUCCAGUGCAUCAUGAAAAAAAGCUUGUUUGACUAUUUUGGUAACCUUGAGUCUGGAAAAAUAAACAAUAAUUGUUUAUUGUUUUGGAAAAAGUCUGGAAAAAGUCUUGAAUUUUGGGUCCAAAAAUCUGUAUGAACCCUGAGUAGAGUUCUUUGAUGAUGCUCAACUCUUGGUCCUUUGAUUUUUAUCAGUGUAAUGCUUACUGUUUAUCAUUUCAGGUGUUUGGAGUUGGGGUUCCAAAUCCAUACAGAUUGCGUCCUUUUCUAGGGGCAAGAGUACCCCUGAACUUUAGUUUUUCUUCUCUCAUAAACAUGCAUAAUCCAUAUAGUUUACCUCUUCAAGUAAGUAGUUUCAUGAAUUUGGUAUUAUCAUUAAUGUGUGCUUGCGGUUUGUUUUUCGCCACUAAAGUCACUCAUGACUUGCCAAUGUUUGGCGGUACAGUUCAGUUGGCAGGGCGACAGUAGUUUUAAUUAUGGUUGUAAUUCCUACUAGUACUCGGAUAACUUUUUCCUUGCUUUGCAUUUUUCUGUGAUAUCCUAUACAAAGGCCAACUGUCAGGGGAAAUUUCAGGGAUAAUCUCUAUAGUACUUAAUUUUUUUUUUACUCAGAGCUAUUAUUCUUUGUGGCACCAUUCUUGUAGUUCAUGUCUUUGUUUGUCGUUUUUAGCAACUUGAUUGUACAUGUAUUUUUCUCUGUAUCAGGUUAUAGAAAUGUACUCAAGUGGAGGUGAUCUACAUUUAGAACUUCCUUCUGGAUUGGAGGAAGCACCACAAAAACACUGGGUAUGCUGUGUAAACAUUCAUUGUUUUGGAGUUUUGCACAACUUCUGUCAGACCUUUUGAAAUGUUCUGAAAAUCAAGGUUGUGACCUCGUUGUUGGUUGCUGUUAAUCAUCAUCUUGACCCUCAAGCACUUAAAAAAGUUUUGCAAACUGUUAAAUGAGUAAGCAAGUAUUAGUUUCAUUGUCAUCAUUGUCGCCAAGACUUCCACCACCGUCACCAUCUACAUCGCCACUAUCAUCAUCAUUGUCAUUAUUAUUGUUAUCAUCAUCAUCAUCAUUGUCCUCCUCCUCUUUCUUUUCCUUCCCUUUCAGUUCUCUUUGUGCUAAGUCAGUCUAACUUCACACUUUCUUAUUUCUGUAAAUAAAAUAUUUCUCUUGGCCUUUUGAGUAAUUGUAAUAUUAAACUUGCAUCUAAGUCCUACUCUGCCAGUGCAAGUAGUUUGAUAUAAUAUUGUGCAUUUCCUUAUGCAGGAAAUUCAACCAUAUGAAACAAAAGCACUCAUGAGAGUAAGCUUUGUUGGUAGAGUCGCAUCAAAUCAUACUGCUUUUGUUCGCAUCAAAGCUAGCCAGCCAGCACCUAAUCAAGAGCUGCUGAUUUUACCAGUUGAAGUGGAAGUCACAGCAGGUAAUGGGGAACUGUAUAAUUACAAGUGUUUUUUUUAGAUUUAUUAAAGCUUCUGUUGUGCAAAUUAUAGAGGUUAUCAAGUCCUGCCUGUAAUGGUGUAAUGAAGUGUAACAUUUUCAUAAAAGUUUUUUUAUUUCAUUCCACAGCUCCUGGUCUCUUUUCUUCCACUGAUAUGUUAGACUUUGGAACUCUUAGAACAAUGGGUAAGCUAGACAGCAUUUAUUACAUACAAAUUUAAUACAUGCAUUUUAAGAAGUUUACUGAUAGAACCGAAAAUGACAUUGCGUUCAUUCUCUGGAUUUAUAUUUGUAGAUGCUGUGGUUCAAUUUUAUCCUUGGUUGAAAUCUUAUUUUCCUUUCUUUUGUGGUGUGGUAGUGUAUGAUAAUAAGUUUGAAGCAAAGGAAAAUAAAAUUUAAAUCAGGGAUAAAAUUGAACCAUUACGUUGACAUACGGUAAGUUAAAAGGUCUCAGAGCAAGAAGAAUGUGCUCGGUAUGUUUUGACGAAAUGUAGUCGAAGCUUUCCUUGUGACCACUCUCGUAAGCAACCAGCCCUAGUUACCACCACUUUUGUGAAACCCCGUUUGAACGGUGACUUAAACUUUGUCAUGAAAAGCUCUCGUAAGCGACUGCGACCACUUUUACGAUUGCCAAACUGAACUUUUUCUUUGUUUUUAAGCUCUUGUAAGCGACCAUUCAGCGACCACUCUGAGUCUUAUUCAUAUAAAUCAACACUUUAAUGAAACUUCGCACUGCACUAAUGGUGAUAUAAAGACACUCAUUAAACAUUAGUUUCUUUUG